ACAAACAUAACCUAAAAGAAAUUGUUCAAAGUGUGAAAUCAUUCGAAUCGUAUGUCGGCUAAUCGACGGCUACAGAGUAUAUGUAGUAAAAAUUCCAAAUUGAUCUGUUUUCUAUUUAUAAUGCAGUGAGUGUUUCCUCUGGAAAAUAUUGAGGGUUGUUAGAUUUAAAUAUUAGUGAGGGUCUAUAGGUUAUCCAUGUAAUUCCAGAACAUUCAGAAUGAUCGCAAACAAAAUCAAUUACUCGUUGUCCAGGUUUAAGAAAGUCAGUAUUAAGCCUGGGUUACGUUUUAUUAGCAACUCCAACACCCUCCUUAAAAAUUCAAAUGACUCUAAUGACGAUGGCUCAGGAAGUAGCCCACCAAGAAAAGAUUCACUCUCAAAAUUAUUAUUUGAAUUGACAGAGAAUGCAAAAAAAAUUAGUGAGCUGCCUCAACAGCAGAAAAUUGCCCUAGCUGAGCCACGAAAAGUGCAUAGACAAAAAAGAACACAAGAAGCUGAGGAGAAAAAGAAAGAAGAAGAGGACGAAGAGAAGAAGCCCCUUGAAAUUCGUCUUGAAAAUGCUGCUAAAAGCGUUGCCCAGGCCAUCGGUGGAGAUCAAACAAAAACUGAAUCGGAACUCCUGAAUGCACUGCUGUCAUUAAAACCAGAUAGAGAAGCGAAACCGAUCAAAGAUGUGCUCAAAGGUAUGAAGACUGAGUCGGCUCGGCCGCGAAGAGAAAAAACAGAAGAACCUCUGAGACGCUCACAGUAUGUAAGGGCAGCUCUUGCUGAUGCUGGGAGAAGACCUGGAAGAGGAAUUCGUGCUGAUGCUGGAAGUAGACCUGCUAGAGUUGUUCCUUCAGCGGCUGUACCAUGGCUACCAGAAGAUAAUGUUUACUCACUAUUUGGUGAGAGUCCUGUUGGUAUUUUCCCGGCUGAUUAUAAAAGCACUGCCAAGGAUGACCCAGUGAAUAUUCCUACAUGGAGGAGACUGGUAAAUGAGGAAAUAAAAUUUACCGUCACCCACCCACCAAAGAACUACUUUGAGGAAAUGAUCCAGUGGACAGAACAAGGCAAAUUGUGGCUAUUUCCAAUCGAUAAUGAACAAGGAAUGGAAGAGGAGCAGAAGGUCCAUUUCUCUGAACAUGUAAUGCUACAAGAUCACUUUGAGUCCUGGUGUCCUCCUAAAGGCCCCAUCCGUCAUUUCAUGGAAUUGGUUUCUGUAGGUUUAUCAAAGAACCCUUAUUUAACCGUACAAGAAAAAAAAGAUCACAUUAAUUUUUACCGUGAUUACUUCAAGAGCAAGAAUGCUCUUCUUAAAGAAACAGGUUGCGGCGAAAUCAAAGAUAUCCCGAUCCUUGAUUCGCCUGAAAAUGCAACGGAAAUAAGUACCAAUUCAUAAACGUAUGUGUAAGUAGAUUCUGUUUUUUUGUAUUUUAAAUAAAGUUUGUUUUUUAUCUUUAAA